AUGCCUACAAAAUUUGUUUGGAAUGCAUCCAUAAAGAAAUGGACUCCUAGGCAGAAAGGAUAUGCUAUUGGCAGACUUCAUUAUGUGCCUGUUAAAACCGGAGACCUUUACUACCUUCGGAUUUUGCUUAACAAGGUAAAGGGUCCUAUGUCUUAUGAGGACAUAAAAACAGUUAAUGGCCAAGAGUACACUACUUGCAAGGAAGCAUGUUAUGCUCUUGGAUUACUUGAUGAUGACAAGGAGUAUAUUGAAUGCAUAGUCGAGGCAAAUAAAUGGGCAAGUGCUGUAAAGCUGUAUGUUUCACUUAUUACCUCAGAUAGUUUGUCUCGUCCUGAAUACGUGUGGGAACACACUUGGAAACUUUUGUCAGAAGACAUAAACUACAUACGCCGUCAAACGACGUCAAGAAACUGGUAUUUGAAUCUUUCUGAAGAUGCAAUUAAAAACCAUGCUUUGGCCAAAAUAGAGGAACUGUUGCUUUCUCACGGAUCAACAUUGAAAAGCAUUCCAAACAUGCCUUACCCUGACUACGUCGUUAUCGAUGAAUCUUUCAAUAUGUUGAUCCAACAAGAACUUCAGUAUGACCCGGCUACAAUGCAAGAAUUGCAUGAUACUUUACAUGCAACAAUGAAGAAUGAACAGUUAGGUGUGUACAAUGAAAUCAUUUCAGCUGUUGAAAAGAAUGAAGGUGGGGUAUUUUUUUUAUAUGGUUAUGGUGGGACUGGAAAGACCUUUGUGUAUAAGACCUUAUCUUCAGCCAUUCGUGCAAAGGGAGAUAUCGUUCUGAAUGUAGCAUCCAGUGGCAUAGCUGCUCUUUUGCUUGAAGGGGGUCGAACAACUCAUUCACGUUUCAAGAUCCCUAUUAGUCUAACUGAGGAAUCAUUUUGUUCUAUAACUCCCGAUAGCCAUUCAGGUUUGUUAAUAAAAACACGUCUCAUUAUCUGGGACGAGGCACCAAUGAUGCAUAGGCAUUGUUUUGAAGCAUUGGAUAGAACUUUGUGUGAUAUCAUGUCAACGACCUCUUCAUCUUGUGCGGAUAAACCAUUCGGUGGUAAGGUUAUCGUCUUUGGGGGUGAUUUUUGUCAAGUGCUUCCGGUUAUUCAAAAAGGCACCCGACAGGAAGUUGUAAACGCAUCAUUAAAUUCAUCUUAUUUAUGGGAGCAUUGUAAGAUUCUACGCUUAACAGUAAACAUGCGUUUACAGUUUGGCUGCCCCCAGCAAACACUGCAUGAGGUCAAAAAGUUUGCGGAUUGGAUACUUCGAAUCGGUGAAGGUACGAUUAGAGAAGACAAUGACGGCGAAGCGGACAUCAGAUUACCCGAUGAGGUCCUUAUCAAAUCUGAAAGAGAUCACAUUAAGUCCAUGGUUGAGUGUAUCUAUCCAGAUAUUAAUGAACACAUCGAUGAACCAAACUACUUUCAAGAGAAAGCAAUCUUGGUUCCAACAAAUGAGGAAGUUGAUAAGAUUAAUGAUUAUGUGUUAUCUCUUAUACAGGGAGAGGAGAUGACAUAUUACAGUUCGGAUAGUCCAUGUCCAGAAGAGGUUAAUGAUGUGUUCGAACAAUCUAUUUACUCGUCCGCCGUGUUGAAUGGUUUUAAACUUUCAGGUGUUCCGAACCACAAGUUGACCCUAAAAGUAGGUGUGCCGGUUAUGUUGCUUCGAAAUAUAGACCAAGCUAACGGUCUAUGCAAUGGUACACGUCUCCAGAUUACCAGAAUGGCACCUCAUGUAAUAGAAGCUAGGAUUAUUACUGGCUCAAACGCAGGUAAGAUGACAUAUUUGCCUCACAUGUGUAUCAUCCCAUCCGAUCGUCGAAUACCAUAUAAGUUUCAGAGGCGUCAAUUUCCUUUGGUGCCUUGCUUUGCCAUGACUAUAAAUAAAAGUCAAGGACAAUCGUUGGGCAAAGUUGGAUUGUUUUUGCAACGACCUGUUUUCACACACGGUCAGCUAUAUGUGGCUGUUUCAAGAGUUACGAGCAAGGAUGGUUUGAAAGUUGUUCCGGAUGUAGAAGAAAGUUAA